AGAGAAAGGGAAAAUCCUUCCUUCGUUCUUCCUCUGCCCUCCCUGAAAGGAUCCAAUCAGGACGGCUCCCCUCCCCACGUGCCUUUUGCGACAGCUGACGAUCCUUCCUCGAAGAAGAAGAGCGGAGGGGCGGCUGGUGGGCUCGUCUGCUACAGCUCGUAUCUCCCCAGACUCUCUCAGCGGAGGCUUUUCACGAGGUUGAGUUGGUUGCGUUCGGUCCCGUCCCCCCCCCCCCCUGGACGUCUGCAGCAGCAGCGUCUUUCUUUGGAAUGGUUUGUUCGUCAAAGAUCCCUGUUGCUUAAAAUAAAGUCCCUUGGCGUCGACAGGCUUCAUUCCUCCGCUGGAGCCAUGGCUUUGGGAAUGCUCCCCCUCCUGAAACGCUGCCUGUGGCUCGGCCUCGCCCAUCAUUUUAUUAUGGUCUCUGCAUGCCAUGAAUCUUAUGGAGAAUUAAUUGAGGACUUUUGUCUCAGCAAAUUUAAAUCUGACAUGGAAACUCUCAGGAAGACGCUGUGGUGCGAUUGGGAUAAGACUUUGGACUGUUACAAGGAGCUUACCAACUGCACCAUCCUGGUAGCUGAGAAACUGGAUUGUUACUGGCCAAACCAACUAGUGGAUCAGUUCUUCAUAACAAUUCAUAGGCACUACUUCAAAACCUGCCCUGUUUCAGGAAGAGCUGUAGGAGACCCCCCUAACAUCAUUUUAUGUCCAUUCAUUGUUGUACCAAUUUUUAUCACCCUGCUCAUGACGGCAUUGGUAGUGUGGCAAAGCAAAUACAGUGAAGGCAUUAUUUAAACUUCUUCUAUACCCAAAGAUAACAUUGGUGAAGAUGAAACCCAAAGUUUUCAACCUCCAAGCUAUACUGAAAUCUAUAUUGCGGUUUCUUUGGUAGAAUUCUGGAUACCAGAACAAAAUAUUUUUAGAGACAGUGUAUAAUAGAAAACUUUCUGCUACCUAGAGGGGAAAAAAACUGCAUGCAUCUUCUUGGGUUAACAAAUAUUUUGCUUAAGUCAAGAGAAUGCAUUGUGAAAUUGUUCUCACUGUCUGAACUAGGAUUAAUAAUAUUACAGACAUGUUUGCAGUACUGCUGCUUCAGUCUUAAAAUUUAAGCUUCUCUUUCCUGGUUCUUUCAAUAUAUUUUUAUUGAGCUUGAUAAUUACACACUUCUCUUUGGCUUAUGCACUUUACCUUUAGGUAAGGUAAUGGUGGGGGGAGGGGAAUGAUGAUGCAUCACAACCCGUGUACCACAGAAACAAUGUUGAUGAUGAGAUAACAAACUAUUUCAACUUAUUUUGUUGGUUAAAAUCACUGAAAACCAGUAUAUAUUGUUAAUUUUGUUAAUUUUUCUGGCUGAAAAAUUAAUAUAGCAACAAUAUUUUAGCAAAUCAUAAUUUAUUCAAAUAUAAUUAUUUCUUAGGCAUGUUAAUGUUUUAUCAUACCUUUUGUAUGAACAAAUGUUCACUAUAAAUACUUUAUAUGGACAUUAAAUAAUGCAGACAUUUAUUCACGGACAAAACUUCAUCAGAUUAUUGGCAAAAUAUUAAAGUUUGCAAUACGCCAUUCUGAAGAAAUGCUUUCUAAUAAAACUUGUAAUAAAAUAAAUUA